UCAUUCCAUUCCCUCAAACCACAGCUUAGUUAAGACUUCAGACAAGACACGCCCAAAGAUAAACUCCCCAUCUCUCUCUCUAUCUCUCCCAAAGAGGAUACAAAAAACUUGUUAAAACUCAGAAAGAGUCGCUAGCUUCCACUUUUUUGUAGUAGUUGUAGUUCUCUUCUCUUUUCUUCUUGUAGCUUUGAAAGCAAAUAGAGCAAGAUCUUCUUUUAUGGCUUUACAAUCUCCAAGGGAAUUUGCUGCCUGCCUGGUAUAAAUCCCCCAAGAAGCAAAGUUAACAAGUGGUUCUUGUUUAACUUUCUUUUCUUUCUUUUAUGUCUUUAUGAACUUUUUCUUGUGUGUGCUAUAGCACUAAUGCUCUACUACUCUUGUUUCCUCGUAUAAAUUUUGGGUUUUGGAUUCUCCAAUAAAGAAAAGAAAAGCAACCAUUUCUUGGCAGAGGAGUAAGAGGUACUAUAGCCAGGAGAAAUUAGAACCAAGAAAAAAAAAAAAAACAAGUAUGCCUUUUGAACAAUCUUCAAAACCAGGACCUGAUCUUUCUCUCCACAUUAGUCCUCCUUGUAGUUCCUCUUCACAAAUUUGCAACAGUAUCGAUGAAAUAAAUCCCCUCAGCAGCUGUUUCGAUCUCGAUAGUACCAGAAGAGAAGUACAAGUACAAAAAUCCAACACCACGGUUCAAGCAUACACCGAGCUUUCCUUGGCGCAUCCAGCAGCAAAUUCACUCACUGAUGAGAGCCACCAAAACCACCACCACCGGCAUAGAAGCUUUGCAGGUGGAGGAACUCAUCAUCUUCACCAUGAAGACCAACCUCAAAACCCUUACAACCAAACGGCACCAAACAUAAGUAUUUAUCAGCAACCAAAUAGCCAGCAGCAGAUGAAUCACAUCAAUCAUGGGGUUUCAUUGCUAGAUGUUUCAGAUGGAUUAAGGCCAAUAAAGGGUAUCCCGGUUUAUAACCACAACCGUUCAUUUCCUUUCUUGCCUUUAGACCAUCAUACAAGAGAGGUUAAGGAUCCAAAGAUGGGCUUCUAUUCAAUGGCCAAUUAUCCCUCUUGGUCAUCCUCACUGUCACAAUCAUCAUCAGCUUCUGUGGUUAAUCAGUCGUCUUCACCUUAUUUCAAUGGUGGUUUGGAUCAUUUAUCGAUCUUGAACGCUGCCGGGGGACCUAAUGCAGCAGCUUCCUCGGCUUAUCAUCGACUACAUCAACCUAGUGGGGCUUCUUCAAGGUUUAAUGGGCUCGGGCUCUCAUCAUCCUAUCAGCUGCACCAUCAUCAUAAUCAGUAUGGAUUAGGGGCUUCAGAUGCUUCCCAUGGGAUGAUGAGAUCAAGAUUUCUACCCAAACUUCCGGCAAAAAGGAGCAUGAGAGCACCAAGAAUGAGAUGGACAAGUACACUUCAUGCCCGGUUUGUUCAUGCUGUUGAGCUUCUUGGUGGCCAUGAAAGGGCUACUCCAAAGUCAGUUCUCGAGCUAAUGGAUGUGAAAGAUCUUACUCUAGCUCAUGUCAAGAGCCAUUUGCAGAUGUAUCGAACUGUUAAAACCACUGACAAACCUGCAGCUUCCUCAGGUCAGUCAGACGGAUCAGGUGAUGAAGAUCUCUCUACAAUCGGCAGUGGCGCCGGUGGUGAUCGUUCCAGUUUACGCCGUUUCAUUGAUCAAAGAGGACCAUCUGAUGGAUCAAUAUUACAACAAGAAUCCGAAUAUCCUUCUACUACAACUACUUUAUGGAGUAACUCCUCAAGCAGCAGAGAGGGGUGGAUGCAAAGUACCACUGGUGAUCUAAAUGGGGUCAGACAUUCCUCAUCCAUGCCAUUGGAACAAAGAUCAGGGCACCAUAUAGAGGAAUGUGAUUCUUCUCGGCCGAAUAGCUAUCUUGAACGUAAAAAUCCGAGCUUGGAGUUCACUUUAGGCAGACCAGAUUGGGUUGAAAAAGAGCUCGCAUGAUCGUAUAAUUAGGAUAUCCCCAUGAUGAUUCUGCUAUCUUUUUUGCUGGAUUUUCUUUUUGUGAAUCAAAUGAAGGCGUAAUAUAUAAAGACAUACUCCUGAGAGAAAGAAUUAAAUUAGCCCUUCUCCUUUUUUCUUUUUUCUUUUUUCUUUUUUCUUUUUUGUGCUUUUGGGUAAUGUGUAAAUUGGCCCUUCCUACUUCUGCAUGCAUGCUAUCUUUUUCAAAAUUGA